AUGGACGAAGAUAACCACAACGGACAUUACGGUGGAGAAGAAGGGUAUAGCGACUUCUACGAUGCCGGGAAUCAACCUCACGACGGGUUCAACCAAGGACAACAUGAUUUCGAUCAAGGAGAAGACCAGGACCACGACAAUUUCGACCAAGGACAACAUGACUUCGAUCAAGACGGCGACCAUGGGUACGACGACUCGUACCAGGAAGGAGAUAUGGAGCAGCAUGGUGAUCACGGGAUGGGGGACUUAAGUGCGAAACUAGAAGAGCUCGAGGCCAAGCUCGACAAACUCGAAAGAAGCUAUGAGAAAACCUACUGGUCCGAAGGUCCUAAAGAGCCGGAUGAAAUUCAACAACCAAAGCUCCACCAUCAUUCGUUGAAUAUGACCAAAGUUUGUUUCCAAAUCCUGCAGAUUGAUCCAGAAAACCAACGUGCAGCCGCACUUCAUGGCGACCACUCAGCAUCAAUCUUCGGCCAGUUCUUUGGCCAUGCAGGCGUCGACCCUAGCAUGUACAAGCCCAGAAUGUCCGAGCACAUCAGUGGAGUCCCUCGUCCUGAGGACAUGGAUGAUAGCGACAACGAAGAAGAACAAGAAGGAGAAGAAGGGACCGAGGACGGGGGCUAUGAUCAAGAUGACUUUGACAACGAAGACAAUCCUGAGUAUUCGGCUGGAGAAGGGGAAGACCAUUAUGACCAAGACGAUUACGGGACGGGAGAAAAUGAAGAGUAUCAUGACGAACAUGGUCACGACAACUACGACGAGCACCACGAUCAGGAUUACGACCCUGAUCAGUCAUGGGAUGAUGGCGAUGGUGGGCAGGACGGCGGGCAGUGGCAUGGUGGAGAUGGGCAUGGUGGUGAUGAGCAGUAUGGCCACAACUGGGAGAGUGGAGGAGGGGAUGAUGAUGACGGUGGCCAGCAAGGUGAAGCAUGGCAAAACGGAGGGCACGACAGCAAUAGUCACUAUCAUGGGGAGGACUGGCAAGACGGAGACGAUAAUGACAAUAGUCAUCACCAAGAAGGAGGGUGGCCUGGCGAAGGCGAUGACGGCCAUCACUCUGGAGACCAUGGGGGCUCUGGAGACGGACAUUGUUGA